AUGGAUAAAACAGGCGAAGUUAGUAUCAGAAGUAACCAGUGGCAGAGAGUGCUCCGGUGGCAUCUGGGGCAGAAAGCGAAUGAGGAAGGAGAAGAUGGUGUCAAGGAUGAAGGGAACACCUACCUGGGCCUGAAGCUCAAAGUUAACUGGAAGGAGUUGGUGGUUGAUCCGGCAGAACAGUUUUAUUAUGUGUGGCUGCAGGUCAUGAUACUGCCCAUUGUUUACAACUGGGUUAUUAUCAUUUUAAGGACAUGCUUCACUGCAAUUGCACUGAACUACCUUCCUGUGUGGCUCACGCUGGACUAUCUGUCAGACCUCAUGUAUAUCACUGAUAUGAUCAUCACGCUUCACACCGGUUACUUGGAUCAGGGCAUCCUGAUCAAGGACCUGACUCAAUUGAGGAAGCGCUACCUGCACUCGAAGCAUUUCCUUAGGGACCUGGCGUCGCUCCUGCCCACUGACUUCCUCUACUUUGCCUUUGGCAUUGAAACUCCUCUGGUGAGGAUCAACCGCCUUCUGAGACUGCCCCGACUCAAUGAGGCCUUGGAUCGCAUGGAGACGAGGACCUCCUACCCCAACACCUUUCGCAUCUCCAAGCUCAUGAUCUACAUCUUUGUGUUGAUCCACUGGAACGCCUGCCUCUACUUUGCUCUGUCCAACUACAUUGGCUUUGGAAGCGAUCGCUGGGUUUACCCCAAUGUCACCAACGCACAGUUUGCCUCCAUGCGGCGUCAGUACUUUUACUGCUUCUGGUUCUCUGCCCAGAUUUUCACCACGGUUGGAGACACCCCUCUGCCGAGUAGGGAAGAGGAGUAUCUGUUCAUGAUUGCGGACCUCCUCAUUGCUGUGCUGGUGUUUGCAUCAAUCGUUGGCAAUGUUGGCAAUGUCAUCACAAGCCUGAGGGAUCGUGAUAAUGUCUUCUUCCCCAACCAUGAGCUGGUGAAGGCCUACCUGCGCAGCCAUCACAUUAGCAAAGAGCUUCGUCAGCGCAUUGACAACUGGUACCAGCAUCUACACAUCAACAAGAAGAUCAUGCGAGAGAAUGAGAUUCUGCAGCAGCUGCCGGUUCACAUGAGGACAGAGAUCGCUGUCAGCGUUCAUCUUCCCACGCUCUCCAAAGUCACCAUCUUCCAAAGCUGUGAGAAGAGUCUGCUGGAGGAGCUGGUUCUUAAACUAACACCUCAGGUGUUCAGUCCAGGAGAGUACGUCUGCAGGAAGGGGGACGUGGGACAUGAGAUGUACAUCAUCAAAGAGGGCAAACUGGCAGUCGUGGCAGAUGAUGGGGUGACAGAAUUUGCUGUGCUGAGUGAAGGGAACUUCUUUGGGGAAAUUAGUAUACUUAACAUCAAAGGCAACAAGUCAGGCAACCGUCGCACUGCCAACAUCCGGAGCAUCGGCUACUCCGACCUGUUCAGCUUGUCCAAAGAAGACCUGACUGAUGUGCUGUCUGAGUUCCCUGCAGCCAAACGUCACCUGGAGGAGAAGGGCAGGCAGAUCCUCACCAAGAUGGGCAUGUUGGAGGAGAGCGGGGAGGCCGCAGAGGGGGAGGCAGAGAAAGUGGAAACCAAGAUAAAAAGGCUGGAGAGCAAUCUGGAAGUCCUGCAGACAAAACUGGCUCGACUUAUGGUGGAGUUUGAGUCGAGUAAUCGCAAGAUGCGGGCCAGAGUGGAGCAGCUGGAGCUGGAGGUCGCAGCGCUGGAGACUCAGCUGCCGGAAGACGGCGAUGAAGGAGAUGGAGCUCUGGGAAGAGAGGAGGGAGUGGGAGGGGAGGUGGAAUGGGAGAGGGAAGAGGCAGAGGGAGAGGAAGAAGAAGAGGAAGGUUUGAAUAUAAAGGUGAAAAAACAGGGACGGGGAGAAGAUGGAAACGAUGUGCCCAAAGAGGGAGACGGUGAGAGCACUAAAAGUACAAAGGAAGACGCCGAAAGGAUAGUGGAGAGAGAUAAAUCCGGGCUGAAGGGCACAGAUAAUUGGGAAAAGAAGAAAAAAGAUGAUGGAGAGACAAACAGAGAGAGAGGGGAUGACAGACCUGGGAAAGGAGAUGGAGCUGAGAUUGAACUUGAAAAUGGGAAGAAAGAAAAUAGUGAGAGUAGAGAAUCUGAGGAGAAGAGACAAGAGGAAGAAGACUCC